AGUCGCCGGCGGCCUGUGAGGGCACUCCGAAGGGCGAGGGGAGGGCUUGGCCUCUCGCGCCUAGUUUCCCCGUGUCCCUGCGCCUGGGUCUCUGGACUGUCCCCUGCAAGCUCCCAGAGGCGGCACAGCCCCCGAGAGCUUGGCUAUCUGACAGAUUUCCUUCAGUAAGAGGGGACUCCUGAAGCUCUGCAAAACGAGUGUGGUGUGUGAUUUCAAGGCGCGAUGGCUGCAAAAGUGGUUCCAAUGCCCCUAAAGCCAAAGCGGUCCUUUAUACUGAGAGUUCCUCCGGACUCCAAGCUGGGCCAAGACCUACUUCGAGAUGCUACUAGUGGGCCCAAGACCAUCCACCAGCUAGUUCUGGAGCACUUCCUCACCUUCUUGCCCAAGCCAAGCGUGGUGCAGCCCAAUCAGAAAGUCAAGGAGACUUUGGUUAUUAUGAAGGAUGUGAGCUCAAACUUUCAGAACAGAUUGCAACCUCAUCCCAUAGUGAAGCUUCUACCCAGAGAAGGAAUCCAGCAGAAACAGGACACAUUGUCUCUGUAUCUGAAAACUGAGCCUGAGGAACUGGUGGUCUUUGAGGAUUUGAAUGUAUUUCACUCCCAAGAAGAAUGUGUGAGCCUAGAUGCUACCCAACAACCCACCUCAGAGAAGGAAGACAGUGUUGGGGAGAUGAUGUUAUUGGACAGUGACAUUAAUCCUGAGAGUGACGAUCUUCAGAAGGAACCUGGAGAGAGUGAAGAUCAUAGAGAAAAGACUUCAGAUUGUGACGAAGCGGACUGUUCUUUGGUCUCUGAGCAAUCUCCGUAUUGCCAUAAAGACAGACUAAGUACAUCCACUCCAAAACAAAGGAAAGUGAGAAAUCUUCUAGUUACUAUUGAAAAUGAUAGUCCACUAGAGGAACUCUCAAAGUAUGUGGAUAUCAACGUGGUUGCACUUACCCGAAAUCGGAGAACGAGAAGAUGGUACACUUGUCCGUUGUGUGGGAAACAGUUUAAUGAAAGUUCUUACCUUAUAUCCCACCAGAGGACUCACACUGGUGAAAAACCCUAUGACUGCAGUCACUGUGGGAAAAGCUUCAAUCAUAAAACAAACCUUAAUAAACAUGAGCGAAUCCAUACAGGAGAGAAACCUUAUUCAUGUUCUCAGUGUGGGAAAAACUUUCGUCAGAACUCUCAUCGGAGUCGCCAUGAAGGAAUCCAUAUAAGGGAGAAAAUAUUUAAGUGUCCAGAAUGUGGGAAAACCUUCCCAGAGAAUAAAGACUUUGUGCUUCAUCUGCAGAGUCAUGAGGCUGAGAGGCCGUAUAGUUGCAAAAAAUGUGGGAGAAGAUUUGGUCGGCUUUCCAACUGUACCCGGCAUGAAAAAACCCACUCAGCAUGUAAGACACGAAAGCAGAAAUGGGAUCAGGAAAGGUCUGAUGGUCCUGCCUUGACCUGAAAUGUUUAAUAGGGAAUUCUAAAUUCCCAGGCUUCUGAAAAGAUGCAGAUAUGUGAAAACCUCAUUAUAGUCAAAAUUGGGAAAAUACCCAUCUUGGCUGAAACCUCAAAGUUUUAGAAAAUUUCACAGGGAAGAAGACAUUCUCAAGGGCUAUACCUCAGUCAGCAUCCACAUUUUCUGGAUUAAGGAGCUCUCUUUUGUGAACUUCUACAACCAUGUACAGGCCACAGAUCCCUUUUCCCCAAAAGGCUUUGAAUAGGAGUCUGGAGGCCACUUACCUGCAAGGUGAACAGAGUGUGGCUCAUGUGUACGGAAAGUGUAUCCAUUUUCCCCCCACACAGGAAUUCACACUUGUGAAAAAAAUAAUAAUAAUAAUAAUGAUGAUGCAAAAGUCCUUAUCUGGAACUGUGUUCCCCUGCGAGAACCA